UGAUUUCCGCGAUACCGUGUGUGUGUUUGUGUUUGUAUUGACGGGUUUGGGGAGAGAAGAGAACCUCUUGACAUUUUCUGUGCAACCGGACCGACAUGAUCAAGCUCAAUAUGACGACUCAAUGGGAGUGCGAGAAGGCCGGACAAAACUGGACCAACCAUGCUUUCGCCUUGUACAAGCAGAAGAUGGGGGACGGAGUCUUCAAGGAGAAAUUUGAGGAACUCUUUCAGGUGCCGUCCCUGGAAGGGUUCGCGGCCAAGUCCAAGGUGGAGAACCAGAUCACCAAGAUGAAGCUGCUCGCUUUCUUCGGCAACCUGCGCAAGUCACAUGCGCACGGGGUCGGUGGUGUCGGUACAGCCCAGAUCGUGUCUGACCCGGCUUUUCCUGAGCACGAGUUCUUCAAACCCGGUCGCGCCUUCCCGGUCCGCAUCUACCACUCCAACGCUAUCAUGGCUGACGAUGCCAGCGCCGACCGCAGGGGGGCGUUCCUCAAGUUCUCCGACGAGACUUACCGGUGCUCAAACAAGGCAAUGAAAGCAAAGGGCUUCUCGGACGUGGAGAGCCCGCUGGACAUGGAGCUGGUGACGGGUUCCGUGGACACGUGCUGGGACAUCCCCACUCUGACGGGCUUCAUGAAGGCUCAGCGCACCAACCCCGCACUCAAGGACUUCUGCUUCGAGCACCCCAUCAUUUACUACGGGCUGGUAGACUCCCUCCGCCGCGCUCCGGAGUCCUACACGGACCUGAGGUACUAUGGACAUCACGUGUUCCGGUUCCGAGCGAAGGACGACAAGGAGCGGUUCGUCAAGUUCCGCCUGGUGCCUGCAGACGGACAUCCCGAGUCAGGGCUGCUGGACUUCGACGACCAGAGGAUCGUCUGGCGGCGGGAGCGGCUGCCUGACGAGUUCCGACCGCAGACGUACCUCCGGACGGAGUUCGCGGAGCGGCUCAAGAAGAAACCCAUCAACUACACACUUCAGCUACAGCUUCACGAGUGGGAGGAGAAUGAUCCGUACGAGAUUUUCAACCCUGUCCGAGUCUGGGACCCCGACACGCACCCCUGGAUAGACCUCGCGCAUGUGCAGAUCACCACUCUGCUGCCGCAGGACAUCACCGAGAGGAUGAUCUUCAACCUCGGAACACAGCCGGAGUCGCUGGGCCUGGUGGAGCCCAAGUCCAUCUACGACCACAGCAGCGUGCCGUAUCUGAAGGCCAAGGUCAACCCGUUCAUGAGCAAACUGCAGCCGAUCAACCCGCCAAACCCGGAACCUCCGCUUAAACUAGAGAGGCACAAGUAUACGCUGGAGAUACACACGGGCAGGACUAAAGGUUCCGGUACUGACUCCACCAUCACCGUUAUCCUGAUCGGGGCCUGGGCGCGCACUCCACCCAUCAAACUGGACCAGGCCUUCAUGAACAACUUCGAGGCCGGACAUGUGGACAUUCUGGACAUCGAAGCGGUGGAUGUCGGAGAGGUCCAGGCCAUGACGCUGUCCACGGAUUCCUUCGGCGUGAAGAGCGACUGGUACGUGGACAGCAUCUUCGUGGUGGACCGGCAGCGGGGCAGGCGGCAGGAGUUCCCGGUCUACAGGUGGAUCACGGACCGCACGGACUCCAUCACGCUUCGGUCCGGGAGAGCAUCCCUGAUGGCGCACGACUCUCCGGUUCUGAGGGGCCUGAGGGAACUGGAGCUGGAGAAGCGGAGGGAGCGGUACCAGUGGGCGCACGACCAGAAGGGAUUCCCGGCGCACCUGGCUGCCAAGACGCUCAACGACCUGCCGAGGGACAACAAAGUGGCACAGUCUCUCAAAGCGCGGGACCUGAGGAACGCGAGCAAGAACGGGAUUCCCCUGCGCGUGAAGUUCAACUCUGCGUUCCGGCGCUGGGAGAAGUUCGACGACUGUGAGAACCUGUGUAAGGUGGCGCUGGGGGAGGAGAACGUGCGAGAGUUCGCUACAGACAUCUGGAGAACGGACUUCGAGUUCGGCAGGCAGAUACUCAACGAGUGCCACCCCAGCACCAUCACCCGCUGCCGCAUGAUCCCGCCCAACUUCCCGGUGCAGGACGACACGCUGAGGCCGCAGCUGGAGCGCGGCAUGAACCUCAAGCAGGAGGCGACAUCUGGCCGACUCUACAUGAUGGACUGUAGCCUGCUGGACGGCCUGUCCCUGCGCAAACCCGAGCACCAGGACGAAGAGAACGAGUUCCACCCGACUGCCCCCAUGGCGCUGUUCUACGUGAAUGGGAAGAAGGAGUUCGUGCCCAUCGCCAUCCAGCUGUACCCGCAGCCUGGUCCCGAAAACCCCAUAUGGACCCCCAUGGACUCCGACUUCGACUGGAUCCUCGCUAAGAUGUACCUGCGCAGUGCCGAUGCGCAGAUCCAUCAACUGGUGUCCAACUCACUCACGCAGUUGGUGAUGGAGCCGUUCGCCGUGUCCACCUACCGGAACCUGUCGGCAGCGCACCCCGUGUACAAGCUGCUGGUUCCGCACGUGCGGAAGGUGUUCGCCCACAGCCUUGUGGUGAAGGAGCACGUGAUCGGGGAGGGAUCCAUCCUGGACGACAUCAGUCCGUACGACGCCGACGGCAGGAAGGAACUCAUCAAGAGAUACUACGCCAACUUCAAGUUCAAGAUGCUGAACUUCCCCACCAUGCUGGCGGAGAAGGGGCUGGACGACAAGGAGGCUCUGCCGGGGUACUACUACCGUGACGACGGACUGCUGAUUUGGGAGGCCAUCAGUAAGUACGUCGGAGACAUCCUGAAAUUGUUCUAUGACGACACCGUUGCCCUUAGAGACGACCUGGAGAUCCAGAACUGGAUCCGUGACGUGAAGCAACAAGGCCUGCAGUGGGAGGACGAGUCCGACAAGGGCCUGCCCGACGGCGUGCGGACCAUCCGGGAACUCGCCGACAUCGUCACCAGCGUCAUCUUCACGUGCAGCGCGCACUACGCGGGGCACAACGCCGCGCAACAGGACGUCUACAGCCUGGUGCCGAACUCCCCGAUGAACAUGCGGCGCGCUCCGCCCAAGCGAAAGCCGCGGAAGGGCGAGACGGAGAUGGAGGACAUCAUGGAGGCUCUACCCGACAGACAGGCCUCCUGCAAGCAGCUCAACAUGGCCAUCGCACUGUCAAACCUCGGAAUAGAGGAGGAAGAGGACGGCGGGUGUUUGGGGCACUUCAGUGACCGGUACUUCACGGAGGACCGCGCUCAGGUUAUCCUGGGAGAGUUCCAGCAGAACCUGCAGCAGAUCGGCGAGACCAUCCGGCGGCGGAACGAGGCUCUGGACGUGCCGUACACGCACCUGCUGCCGGAGAAACUACCCAAGGCCUUCAGGGUCUAGAUUAAGGAUACAUUGGAAUGAAAUGCAUUUAUCCAAAGUUCUAUUUAAUGGUAACGGUAAUUUGCAUUUAGCCACUAUAAGGUAAACCCUAUCCGCUGUCUUUAAAGCGAGCAUUUGAGGGAUGUCAAGAUAGUGGUCUCAGACUGGAAUAUAUGGAAAAUACUGCAAAAUGUUCAAAAGAUUUGUCUGUUGUAUGGGCUUUCACGACGACUGGAUAUGUUUGUUACUAGUUGGGUUUGGGUUUUCCCUUUGCUAAAAGUGUGAAGAAAAAAGACCACGACUAAAAGUGUAUCAAUAGCAAUAUAUAAGGAUCAUUUAAAAGUGUGUUAUCAUCUACGUAGUGGUAGUAAUACUAGUCUAUCAAUAGUAAAACUUGCAGGUCUGAAGCUGUCUGAAAAAUUCGUUCAUGUUAUCGAAGUCGCAUGUAGCGACUUGAAAUGUAGGUAAUAUGCCUUGUCGUUUAGUCGGCUUAGAUGCGUCAUUGUAAAUAUGUUUGGGGUGAUACCCAACCAUAGCUAAGCAAAUUACGGGUAUUUUGGUAUCUUGGUCUUGGUUUCUUGCGUUCUACUUAACAAGUAUAAGCGAUUGUAGGUAGGUUUAAAAAAAA